AUGCAUGAACCUACAUCGAGAGGGAGAAGCAUUUCGUCUGCUGAUUUAUCAGAGACUUACGAGAGGAAGAGAGUAAAAGAAAUUUUAUCAUUCGAUUCGCCAGGGUCCAUUGAGGUCCACCUCGAUCUCAACGAGGAUCCUGGAAUUGAUGAAAACAAUGUUGAAUUCGAUGAAGAAGAUGUCGUUCCUGAGCUUGAGAAAAAGGGGAAGCAGUUCGGCUUCCCGGGCCAAGCCUACAAUUUUCUACCGCUGGGCCCAGGGCCUUUACUAGGGGGCGCACCACCACCUAUUCGACCGGAGAUUAACUCCCCGAGGCCCUCUCGAGGCCGCUACUCGUAUCGACCGCCCCAGCAUAUUUACGAUCCGGUCAGCUACGACGACAGGUACAACCAUGGGUACAACUUCGGGUACGGCGUGGCAGACGACAACACGGGAACGUACUUCGGGCAAGUAGAAAACCGGCAACAAGGUGUCACUCAGGGCCAAUAUUUUGUGGACCUACCAGAUGGAAGAAGAUUGAUAGUAAGGUACUACGCUGACCGUACUGGAUACUACCCAACCAUCACCUAUGAACAAAAACCAGGAUUCUAUGUUACUGAGUCUCCUCAGCAAUAUCCCGACUACUUCAAUCCUGUCAAUGGGAACAGGUAUCCUUCAAGUCGGUAUCCCGUUUCCGCAGAUAACAGUUACCUCUAUAAUCUAGGUCCUGGUCACGGUAUCGUCAAUGACCAACACUUCGCAGACAACCAUGGCUUCCAUUUUACUUCUGCAGGACCCGAUCACUCACACGACGCAGAUGGACCAGUUUUCGGAUUUGAUAGGAGGCCAAUAUCAGUUUCUUCGUCUGGUAUCGUUCCACCCAGCGUGAUAGACACUUCCACCAUUCCUCCAAAUUUCGGCAAUAGCUUUUCCCCAAGCCAGCCUAUUUACCCUUUCUACUUGCCAACUCGGUAUCCUUACAACCCCUUCUUUGUUUUUGCUGCACCAGGACAGAUCUUUUCUCAAGUUCCAUUCACAUCCAGCUCGAAUCCAACGUUUGGAUUAGACCAGCCUUCAUUCGCAUCAGAUAAGCCCGCUUCAGUACCAAACUUUGGCAUUAAUCCAACACUAGUAAAUAGGGAACAAAGAUUAAAUUCCUUCCGUCCGAUCUCGAACGACAAAUUUGGUUUCUUGACCAGAAAUUCAGAAAACGAGCAGCACCUUACAGGCACCAUCGAGGAUCAGAUCAAAGGCAGUAAAAGGAAUUCGGAUUUUAAUAGAGUGGGAAAUGAUGAAGUUAACGCUCAGCACGGUAAAACCAUUGCCUCAACUUUGUCUUUUGAAGAAACUCCCGACUCCUUCUUCAACGAGGAGUACUAGUUUAUUUAUGAUUUUAACUUGAAAUUUAUUGAGGAAAAGUACUUAAUCAAU